AUGGCUACUCCCCUCUCAAUUCAAAACGGAUUUAAUAUUGACCAAUACAAUUUACAAUUGGACAUUGACCCAUCAAAGACAAAUUUUAAAGGGAUAGUGACCAUUGCUGCAACUUUAUUGACAAAUGCAACUAGUUUAAAGGAAAUUAAACUACACUCUAAAAAUUUGGCGGUUACUUCUGCUCAUAUUCUUUACUCUACCAAAGAUGAUAGUAAAACAAACUUGUCAAUCAACUAUGAUGAAAUUAAUCAAUUAGUCAUAUUAAAACCGGAAAACAAUGCGCAAUCAUUAUCGCUUUCAUCAACAACAUUUGAGAUUCAACUAUCCUAUACUGGUUCGAUAAAUGAAACAUCAACUUAUGGUGUUUUUAAAACAUUGUUAAAAAACAACAGUAAGAAAGAUAAUUUCAUUAUUGCCACCCAUUGUCAACCUUCAUUUGCAAGAUACAUUUUCCCUUGCAUCGAUGAAUUAUCCUCAAAAUCUGUCAUUGAAUUAUCUAUUAUUACCACAAAGGGUUUGACUGUAUUAUCAAACGCACCAAUUGAACAAGUUGUUGAAAAGAAAAGCGUGCGUUCCAAUUGUACAUUAACAACUUUUAAUAAAACACCUUUGAUGACUACAUCUUUAUUUGGAUUUGUUAUAAGUAAUCAACUUGAAGUUAUUACCGCAAAAAUCCCAUCAUCAUCAUCAUCACCCGAAAGUAAAGAUUUCUCAGUGUCUGUAUAUUCACCAAUUCGAAUUAAUGAUGCCACAUUCACAUUGGAUACCAUUCAAAAAUAUGUUCCACUCUUGGAGAAAUUUUUCCAAUUCAAUUUUGCAUCAAUAUUUAAAAAUGGUUUUAAAACGAAAUUAGAUUUUGUAUUAUUACCAAAUUUAGCAGACAUGGCAAUGGAAAAUUUCGGUUUGAUUGUGAUUCAAAUGAAUCAUCUUUUAUUAACUCCACAUCAAUUAGCUAAUGAUUCUUUAAGAAAUCAAUUAGAACAAUUGAUUGUUCAUGAGUUAGUCCAUCAAUGGAUAGGUAAUUAUAUUUCAUUUGAUUCAUGGGAACAUAUGUGGUUUAAUGAAUCAUUUGCAACAUGGUUAGCCAUCCAUUUAACAAAUUCUGGAAAUGAAAUGCAUGAAGAUUCAUCUUCUUAUUGGUAUGAUGAUCAAUAUUUGAUUGGUAUGAUAGAUUCUCAAUUAAAUAACGUACAUAACCAUUCACUAUCAUCUAUGACUAUUCAUCAAAAUUCAGCGAUGAUUAAAGAAGAGAAUGAAAAAAAGAGGAAAGAUAUACUAGUGACAAAUGAUGUAUUUGACAAUGAUUCAUACAUAAAGGGGAUCAUAAUGUUAAGAUCUUUACAAUUAACUAUUCAACAACAAGAAGAUGGAAAUCAUGUUGAUUUAUUGAGUAACGCAUUUGCAUCAUUGUUUCAGCAAGAAAAAACAGAGAAUAACAAUUUACAUUUGAAACCAUGUAAACUUAUGGAUAUUUGGAAUCAAAUUGGUAAAUACUUAAAAUCUGAAAAUAUACCAAAUUUCAUCAGUUCAUGGACAAGAUUGCCUGGGUUCCCAUUACUUUCUGUAAAGCAAGAUGAAGAUGACUCCAAGAAAACGAAAUUGAUUCAAAAUAGAUUUCUAGAUGGUUAUGCCCCACUUGAUAAGAUUGAAAAUGUUCCAUAUCAUAUCCCAUUAUUAAUUAAAUUACCAAUGGAUAAUAAAUUAGAUUAUGAAAAUGUCUUGAUGACUGAUAGAACAUUGACUUUAAAUCAUCCAAUUUUCUUAUGUAAUAAUGAAUCUCAAGCCAUGUAUAGAGUUUCGUAUGAAUCAGAAAUUUAUUAUGAUCAAUUCAUCUCCAAUACUACUACUACUACUACUACUAUUGGUGGUUCCACCACAUUGGAUCGUAUCAAUUUAAUUAAGAUUUUGAAAGAUUUGUCUGCCAUUAUUAAUAAUGUACAUUAUUGUAAACCCAUUCAUAUUAAGGGGCUUUUCAAAAUUACAAACCAUUUGAUUGAUCAAUUGAAAGAUCGUGAUGCUCAUGAUGAUAACCUUUGGGAACCACUUUCAAUAGCAAUGAGUAUCUUAUUGAACCUUGAAAGAUGCUAUUCUAAAUAUUCUGGAGAUUACUAUGAUAAUGAGAAAAAAUUUAAUGAGAUAGUUGAGAAAUUAGUAGGUGAAAGUAGUACAAUUAAUUGGGAGUUAACUAAAUCAAGAAGAUAUGAAGCAUUUGAAUUGGAAACUUUGUCAUACAUUUCUAUAAUUUUCAAGAAUCAUCCUGAAAUAAUUAAGAUCAAUGAAAAAUAUUAUGAUUUAUUGAGAAGUGAUAACCUAAAAAUUAGUGGUAAUUUAAUUCCGUUUAAAUUAAUUGGCAGUAUAUUUCUUGUUAAUGUGGAACAAUUUACUAACGGUAAACAAUGGAAAAGGUUUAUUAAUUAUGCUAAAGAUUAUGAUAGAUUGAUGGCUAACGUCAGACUAGAGGGUGAGAGCAGUAAGGAAGUUCAAGAGCUUUUCCAUCAUGAACUUUGGAGUUAUGCAGGAUAUACGAAUAAGACUGAAGAAGUUGUUAUGAAAGUUUUGAAUUAUAUUGAUUCUAAUUUAGAGUUGGAAUUAGUUCCUCUAAUUCUAGAAGGUAUUUCCUCCAAUUUUAAUCGCGUUGUUGUUGCAUCGAAGAAACAAGAAUCUGAUUGCAGUGAUGUGAGUUUAAGUGUUGGAGAUAUCUUUUGGAAAUGGUUCAUGGAUAAUUUCAACAAAUGGACCAAUAAAUGUAAGAAUAAUAAAAGCAUGGCAGACAAUUUCCAUACGUUAAUAUCUAUAGCAUUUGAUUAUCGUUCAACUGAAUCUAAGAACAUCCUAAUUGAAGAUUUUAUCGAAUCAUACAAGGGUCAAGAAGAUAUCUAUAAAUUAUUGAGAACUACUCGAAAGGUAAUGAAGAAGGACCAAGAACUUCCACUUGCUGUCCUCAAGGCCCUUACACCAUUGUCAUAG